AUGUUUCAGGACUCAGUGGCCUUUGAGGAUGUGACUGUGCACUUCAGCCUGGAGGAGUGGGCUCUUCUGAAUCCAUCCCAGAAGAAACUCUACAGAGACGUGAUGCAAGAAACCCUCAGGAACCUGGCCUUAGUAGGAGAAAAAUGGGAAGACCGUGACAGUAAAAGUCAGUACGAACAUCAUCAGACAAAUCUAAGCAGGCCUGUGGUAGAGAGACCCUGUAAAAAUAAAGAAGGUAGUCCAUGUGAAGAAUCCUUCAGCCAGAAUCCAAAUCAUAAGCAGAUAAAUAAAAGUCCUGCUGGAAUAAAGCUACGUAAAUGCAGUUUCUGUGGACAAGUCUUCAGGCAUCAUUCAUCCUUUAGCAGGCACAUGAUCUCUCACACUGGCCACAAACUGUAUGAGUAUCAGGAAUAUGAAGAGAAGCCUUAUAAAUGUAAGGAAUGCGGGAAGGCCUUCAAGCAUCGCCAGUCCAUUCGAGUGCAUGUAAGGACGCACACUGGAGAGAAACCGUACAAAUGCAAGCAUUGUGGGAAGGCCUUUAAGCAUUGCCAAUCCAUCCGAAAGCACGAAAGGAUCCACACUGGAGAGAAACCCUAUGAAUGCAAACAGUGUGGAGAAGCUUUCCGGUAUCGCCACAACUUUCAAAAGCACGAGCGAACUCACACUGGAGAGCAGCCCUAUAGAUGUAAGCAUUGUGGGAAAGCCCUCAGUUGUCUCAGUUACUGUCGAAUUCAUGAAAGAACUCACACCGGAGAGAAACCGUAUGAAUGUAAGCAGUGUGGGAAAGCCUUCAGUUACGCCAGUUACAUUCGGAUCCACGAGAGAACUCACACGGGAGAAAAGCCCUAUGAAUGCAAGAAGUGUGGGAAAGCCUUCAGUUGUCCAAAUUAUUUCCGAAAACACGAAAAGACUCACACUGGAGAGAAACCCUACGAAUGUAAGCAGUGUGGCAAAGGCUUCAGCUGUCCCAGAUCCUUUCGAAGUCAUGAAAAGAGACACAGGGGCGAGAAGCCCUAUGAAUGUAAGAUAUGUGGGAAGACCUACAGUUGUCCCAUCUACUUUCGAAAUCAUGAAAGGAGACACAGCGGGGAAAAAUCCUAUGAAUGUAAAAUAUGCGGUAAGUCCUUCAGUUGUCCGAAGUAUUUUCGAAAACAUGAAAGAAGUCACACAGGAGAGGAGCCCUGUGAAUGUAAUGAUUGUGAGAAUAGCUUGACUCCUCUCCCUGUAUUUCAAAGACACGUGAUAAAGCACAGCGGAGAUGGACCUUACAAGUGUAAAGAGUGUGGAAAAGUCUUUGAUUGUCCCACUAACUUUCGAUGUCAUGAGAAGAUACACAGUGGAGAAAAGCCAUAUGAAUGUAAGGAAUGUGGCAAAGCCUUCAGUUCCUCCAUGUCCCUUCAAAACCAUGAAAGAAGUCACAGUAGGAAAAAACCUCAUGAAUGUAAGGAAUGUGGUAAAGCCUUCAGCUUUCCCUGUUCCCUUCAAAAACAUGAGAGAAGUCAUACUGGGGAGAAACCCUAUGAAUGUAAGCAGUGUGGGAAAGCCUUCACUUACCUCAGUUCUAUGCAAAAGCACGAAAGGACUCAUAGCGGGGAGAAACCCUAUGAAUGUAAGCAGUGUGGGAAAGCCUUCAUUUAUCUCAGUUCUAUGCAAAAGCAUGAGAGAACUCACAGUGGAGAGAAACCCUAUGAAUGUGAGCAGUGUGGGAAAGCCUUCAUCACUCUGUCCAACGUUCAGAGGCACAUGAUCAAGCACACAGGAGAUGGACCCUGUAAGUGUAAGGAGUGUGGCAAAGCCUUCGAUUGUCCUAGUUCAUUGCGAACCCAUGAACGUACUCACACCGGGGAGAAGCCCUAUCAGUGUAAACAUUGUAGUAAAGCCUUCACUCGCUCUAGUUCUUUACGAAACCAUGAAAGAACUCAUAAUGGAGAGUAGCAAUGUGAAUGUAAGGAAUGUGGAAAA